AUGAUGGAGCGCCGCCUGCUGUCAGCCGGCCUGCUGCUGCUGGCCGUGCGGUUCGCCGCGCCGAUCAACCCCGGUCGCGACCUGGUGGUGCACUACUGCUGCCCCGACCUGGCGCUCUUCAACACCACCUCGGGUACGUGCGACACGCGGCAGACGGACGCCGAGUGGCUGCCGCCCUGGACGCACCGCAACGGCAGCCGCAUGACCAUCGGACCCGGCACCGUGUACACGCUCAUUCAUGGGCUACCCCAGCUGCGGCGCCUUCCUCUACCGGCCGGACAAGUCGCCGCGCGAGGACGACUUCCUGGCGCUGCCCAGCGGCGACCUGUACUUCCCUUCUACAACACCACCGUCCCGUCGGACGAGUCGUGCAUCGUGGAGGUGGCCGGCGCCGCCGACCGGCUGCACUUCGCCGUCGUCUGCAUGGACAGCAUCAAGCUGCCCGGCCCCAAGAAGGAGGGUCCCGUCUCGCAGAUGAUCAGGACCUGGGUCUACCCGGCACCAUGCUCAUGCGGGGACCUGCAGGGACGUACCAUCAUCUGCACGCUCAUCUCGCUCUUCAUGGCAUACCUCAUGUUCAUCAUAGUGACGCGGCCAGCCACCAGCUCGGCUCUGGAGCAUGCCUCGGAUUCGGUGAGUGGCCUGUUUCCUGCACUACUGGAUGCUGGCCUCAUUCUUCUGGCUGAGCGUUGUGUCGCUCACAGUCUACUACACCACCAGGCGCUGGGGCGGCCGCACGCUGGAGGAGGAGCGCCGCUGGUUAUCUACCUGAGCGUGUUCGGCUGGUGCGCGCCGCUGCUGUUCACUCUGGCCGCCGUCAUCGUCGACUUCAGCCCCAGCACGUCCGAGUACCUGAUCCGGCCGCACAUCGCCAGCACCUCCUGCUGGUUCGGCAAUCGGAACGCGGAGUUGGCCUACUUCUUCGGUCCCGUGACGCUGCUGAUCGUGGCGAACGUCGUCCUCUUCGUCAUGAGCGCCAUCAACAUCUACAAGAAUAUGGACGGAGCGCAGAAGCUGGAUGACGACGGCGAGCACAAGGGGAAGAGCAGAUUGAAGAUGUGCUUCAAGGUCUUCUUCGUCAUGGGUAUUACCUGGGUGUUCGAGGUGUUACAGUUCUUCAUCAACGAUAGUACCGAGAUCUGGAUCCUCUUCGAUAUCCUGAACAUGCUGCAGGGCUUCUUCAUUUUUGUAGCGGUGGUGCUGAGCGACAAGAGAGUGCGCCAGAAGCUGAUGGAGCGGCUGAGCCAGCUGGGUUGCUGGAAGCAGAAAGCCAAGGCCACCACCGACAUUACCCGUCUCGACGAAGAGAUCGGACAAAACCGAAGCAGCGAGGAAGUGUUUUGAGCCCUUGGCGGCGCUCCGUUCUAACCACCACCGACCACCAGAGACUUUGCCGACCCUGGCUUGAAGGGAAGGACAUGCGCGUCAUGAACUGAGAGUCGCGCUCAAUGCGACCGAUGCGAUGCCAUGCGAUCUUGAGUGCCGAGAGAACGUUCUCCAGUGGGGACACCUGCCGGGCGGUAUUGCGAUCGCGUUUCGAUUCGGCGCCACCAGAGUGGCACCGGCACAUCAGCACCAUUUCGUGGCCGGACUCGGGUCGCGAGGGGCUGUUCGUGGUGUGACGUCACGGCCAUGUUCAGACCACGGGUGCAAGGCCAGCGCCGGUGGCAAGGCGCACGAACUUCGCACCCUGUGACCAUUGCGGCGCAGGUAGAAUCGACGCCGGGUG